CCUCAACUUGCCUCACUGGCAUUCUCUAUCCCGUCCUAUUUUCUUCUUUCUCUUCUCCUCUUCCUUGACGACAAGACAAUCGAACCUCACGGCUGUCGCUCUGUCUUGAAUUCUUACCCUAUUGUCUCAGUUCCCACCCGCUACUUUUACGAGUGACUGACGACAGUGACGAGACGAAGCCGGCCAGCCCCAAGCAGAAGAAGGACGAGCCAGGUCAUAUAUCCACACUGUUUUUGCUUCCUGGUCCACUUUACGUCCUGCCGAUAUCGAACGACUUGAUCUGUCGAACGAACAGCGUACAUCACCGCACCCCCCGGCCGCGACAACUCAUCAGGACCCAAGAACGUCGCCUGUCGGACGUUUCCUUGUUCUUCACCUAGGAAAAAGAGCGGUGGAAGUCCUCUUGAACCACACCACUCGUCGAGCAUCCUUAUUCGUCGUGAAGCAACACGAGAGAGGAAACCAAGGUCUUACAAAAAGUCCUACUCUGGUCGAAAUCGAUCACCCCAACCUCCUCAACGUCACGUUCUGUGACAGAUCCAUCUCCCCUCCCAAGAACAACUCGAACUCUCGUCACCUCGACGAUCGAGACGAGUUGCCACUCAGACCUUGCUCUUGCACUUGGUUAGAUCUUUUGCUCAGUUGCUGGAAUAUUGCCUGGGUAAUCCUGUCGCCUUGUCUUGCUGCUCGUCCCAUCCACCUGACACGCUUUUAUUCCGACGGCCAGCCUCAUCAACGGCACCUACUCAGGCUUAUGCUUCGUUGAUCUCGCCCUCGACAAUCUCUCAUCCUUUGGCUUGCGUUGUUUCGCACUCGCCUUAUUCAACCUUCUCUUCCUCCCUCCUUCAUUCAUUGUCAGCUUCAGUCGCUGGAAUGCCUUACACGCCCCCCAGCAAGUCGCCUGCCUCGUCAGCUCCCACCUCGCCCGAAGCCAGUCGUCGAUCAUCACUUCAGAGUUCGACAGGAAGCAAUCGCCCUUCGUUGCCUCGGUCAGCCUCGUAUCUGACCCGGCACAGGAGAACGCCUUCGGCGGUGGGAUCUCACAAUGGCCCAAUAAACCAGCCCUCACCCGAGGCCACCUCGGAUGACCUCAAGAGCCUGUUCAACACCAGCGUGCGGCAGUCUCCGCCGCCCAUCACUGAUGCCAAGUCGUUGCCAAAGGGUGCCGUUAUCUCGCCACCCGAGUCAUCCACAUCGAGUGACGAGGACGAUCUCCCCGAGCUUCGUGGCCGGCGCAUCGACAACCUGAAGGAGCUGCAGGAGGCCAUCAGUCAGAUACCUCAGCACCGCGAGGUCUCUCCAAAGUCGCAAAAGGAGCCCGAAGUUGAGGAUGUCAUCGUCAUGCCCCUGGCCCAAAUCCAGAAAAUAGGUGAGGCGAUGCAUCACAGUUUCAGCACUGGUUCUUUGGACAAUCUGGCACCCGCAUGGCGGGCAUCGCAUAACAGAUCCGUGUCGGAGGUGCAAAUGUCCAAGUCAGCAGAGGCAUCAGAGGUCAACUCUUCAGACGAUGAAGAUAUUCCUCGGAAGCCUCAGAUGGUUCGGAAGAAGUCAGGCGAGCUUGUUCGGCCUGCAUUGCGACCUGCCUCGCGGCGUCGACCCUCCAGCAUGCCCGGAACUCCCACCUUUUCGAAAGCAGUCCACUUUGAUUCUCACCUCGAACACGUCCGCCAUUUCCUCCAGGUCGAUCGUCCCCUGGCUGUCAGUGCAGGCUCCUCGCCCGUCGAUAACUAUGAUAGUGACAACGAGUACCCCUUCGGCGUGAAUGAUAGGCCCGCGAACCGGGGUCCACCCUUUGAGUGGGAAAUCAUCAUCAACAAUUUCCCUGUGGACACCCCUGCCCGCAAGGCUCAACCUGUUCGCCUGGAGCGGGUAUGGCUUUCUAAUGACCACAAGUUUCUGAUUGGUUCUGUCGCCGUGGCCAACCUUGCCUUCAACAAGUCUGUGACCUGCCGCUUCACUCUGGACUAUUGGAAGACAACAUCCGAAGUCAACGCCGAGUACAUGUGUGAGAUCACCCCCCGGAUUUCUGAGCAGAGUCACGACAGAUUCAACUUCAGCAUCAAGCUCUCCGACCUCGCCAACCUGGAGACCAAGACGCUGUACUUUGCUAUCCGGUAUAGUGUCAACGGCCAGGAGCACUGGGACAACAACAGUGGCACCAAUUUCCAGGUCGAUUUCCGCAAGAAGAUGCUUCCGCAGAACGGCAAGAGAGGCGUCAUCGGUGCUGCCAACAGACCGGCCAAUGGCUUGCCACGGAGCCACAACCGCAGGUCUAACUCGUCUGUGCCGCGGCCUAAGUCGAUGCCCGUCGGCUUCGACGACUUUGGUGAUAGUGGAAAGGUCAGCUUCGACCAGUCCAUUCACGAGUACCUUGGCGAAUCUGCUCCCCCACUCCGCCUGAAGAACAACAAGUCGACACCGAGCGUUCCCAGCGACAAUCUGUCGACUCGCUUGUCAGCACCCAGUGGUCAGGCCUUCGCCAACCGCUACGACUUCGGUGCCUCGCUCUCAGCCGCGAUGCAGGCCGCCAAGGACACCAUGGUCAAGCCAGAGUCACGACCGGGCCGCAAGAUGGCACCGAUCAUGACCACUGGCCAGGCCAAGCCACUGUCCAAGGACGCCAAGCCUGCUGUCGCGAAUCAGAGCCCGGCAGCGACCCUCAACACGUUGGCAACUGUUCCUGGUACUGGGUCCCCCGGAGCAGCGAGCAUCGCGUCUUCAUCGUACGAGGAAAUUGUAAAUAAAUACUGCUUUUUUGGAUCCAAGCAGUCCAGCCCGCAGCUUCACGAUGGCACCAUCCAGAGCGGUAAAUACGAUGGCUCGGACGAUGCCUUCACAAUCCGAGCCCCGGGUCACAGCUCCGGCCCCAGCCCGAAUGGCAGCCCUUUUAUCCUCGGCUCGCUCCAGCGUGCCAAUGGACCUCAGCAGCGCCAGAGUUCGUCGGAGUCCAACCCAUACUUCCAGCACAAUGCUGCUCUGGUGGCCGUAGGAGCCUCACCCAAUGUCUCUCCACUUGGCAAUACUAUCAUCCGGCCGGGCAGCCCCUCUGGUAACCUGCGAGCUUCGACCUCGGUGCUGGGCCAGCCCUCUGGGCAUUCGGCCUCGCCAGCGCCUAUGGUAGGUGGCUUCCAAGCCUUCACUGGUACGUCGCCACAUGAGCUUGCGAGUUACAACAUGCAUGAUCGAUUUCCGUUCUUCGGUGGUGCCGACGCUCAUGCUGCCACAGCUAUUAGGGGCAAUUAACGGUUGACUUGGGGCCAUAUCCUCGUUGUACAUGCGGCGGCCCAACCAUCCAUCCACUGGUGGUGCUGUCCCUCGGUAUAUGUUGAGCGACUCAUGUCAGCAACAAUAAUUCUCAUCAUGCAUGGUUCUUCCGCCAGGGCCUCGACGACAAACACAAUAUGGACUGCGCGCGUCUUACUUUUCCACGCCUUCUCAUCUUUUGACCGGAUUGGCGGCAUUUUCAACUUGCUGUGGUUCUUUUUUUCCCCUUUCUUUUUCUCGGCAUCUCGGCAAUUGGCGUUUGGGAUAUGAAGCGAGUGAUUUUUAUCUCGGCAUUAUCGGACUCAGGCCCAAACAAACACGACUAUGGCGGGCGCUGAAAAAGGGAUACGGAUGGGAAAAUUCGGUGUAACGGUCGGAUCCAACUGAUCCUCAAAAAUGGCGUUUUCGUGGUCUGAUACCAUAAGGGCUCGCUGGUGGUCUACUUGUUUUCAUCUCUUGUGCUCACUCUCUACUACUUUACUCUGCAUCCGGGCUUCUCGACUUUGCUAGCGUUGUUGUUGCUCCUGUACUGGUGCAGGGCAGUGUGGCCGGCAUUAUUCUUGUUUUAUCCAGAAAUUGGUUGCCUGAAGGGACAGGCAAUGGGUGUAGUAUGGCACAGUUUAUGGCACAAUUAAAAAUUACAAGAACUCUUCAU